UUUUCCCAUAGCAGAUUCUGCAUCCACUUUUCAAUGACAGAAACUAAAAUGUGGGUUUUGUUUCAUGCAGUGGCACUGAUUAUCAUAGCCAUGACCCAUUGGAUAUACAAAUGGAGGAACCCUAAAUGCAGUAGUGGAAAACUCCCUCCAGGUUCAAUGGGCUUACCACUCAUUGGAGAGACCAUUCAGUUUUUCAUUCCCAGCAAGUCUGUAGACAUUCCUUCUUUUGCUAAAAACAGAAUCAAGAGAUUUGGACCUGUUUUUAAAACAAGUUUAGCUGGUAGACCCGUUGUAGUAUCAUCUGAUGCUGAUUUCAGUCAUUUCAUCCUUCAACAAGAAGGGAAGUUGGUAGAAUUGUGGUAUAUGGACUCCUUUGCCAAGCUUCUUGGACAAUAUGGUUCUCUUCAAGAAGGUUCAACUAAUGUAAUAGGAGCUUUUCACAAAAACAUCAAGAAGUUGAUUUCUGAUUACUUUGGUCCUGAGAAUCUCAAAGAAAAACUUCUUCCUGAAUUGGAAGAAAUGGCUAAUCAAACUCUAUCGACUUGGUCCUGUCAGGACUCUGUGGAAGUGAAGCUCGAAUGUUCCAAGAUGAUAUUGAAUUUCACUGCAAGGCAUCUUUUUGGUUAUGAUCCUAUAAAGUAUGGGAUAGAUAUAAGUGAAAUGUUCACCGUCUUCACACAAGGGCUCAUGUCUUUUCCUGUGAACAUACCAGGCACUGCCUUCCACAAGUGCAUGCAGACACGGAAGAAAAUUUUCAAGAUGAUAAGGGACACCAUACAGGAAAGAUGCACAUGUCCUGAAGCAAGAAGAGAGGAUUUUCUUGAUCACCUAAUUGAUGACAUGAAAACUGAGAAUUUGCUGACAGAAAAUCUCAUCACAUUUGCAAUUUUUGCCCUUCUACUUGCCACUUUCGAGACAAUUCCUUCCACUUUAGCUUUAGCCAUUAAGUUAUUGGCCGAACAUCCUACAGUAGUGCAAGAACUAUUGAAAGAACACAAGGAAAUUAUUGAAAGCAGGGGAAAUGAGGCAAGUGCUGGCAUUAUAUGGAAAGAAAACAAAGCAAUGACUUUUACGAUGAGGGUUAUUAAUGAAUCACUUAGGAUAUCUAGUGCUGCAGUAGGCAUCUUAAGGAAAUCAAUUCAAGAUAUUCAUGCGAAUGGAUACGUAAUCCCAAAGGGCUGGACAAUUAUUGUUCUUCCAUCUGCUAUUCACCUGAAUCCACAGACAUACCAAGAUCCUCUUCACUUUAAUCCAUGGCGAUGGAAGGUAAUAACCAGGAUAGGCCCUAAUGUUAGUGCAAAAAACUUCAUUCCUUUCGGUGGAGGACUAAGGUCAUGCGGUGGAGCUGAGUUCAGUAAGGUUUUGAUGGCAGCAUUUUUCCAUGUUCUUGUCACUAAAUAUAGGUGGAUAAAGGUCAAGGGAGGAGAAAUUGUUCGAGGCCCAAGUUUAGGGUUUGGAAAUGGAUAUUACAUUAAGAUUAACAGAAAAUUCUGUGAAAGUGAAGAUGUGAUUCCUGGGGAACCGGAUAAGUAUCGGAGCAGAGAAAUGUGGCCUAUGGGUAUCUAUAUUUUUGCCUUUGCAAUUUUGGUAUAUGUUGCUUUUUGGAUUUUUAGAUGGAGGAAUCCUCCUUGUAAUGGGCGGCUUCCUCCUGGUUCCAUGGGCUUGCCACUCAUUGGAGAGACUAUUCAGUUCUUUAUUCCCAGCAAGUCUCUAGACAUGCCUCUUUUUGUGAAGAACAGAAUAAAAAAGUAUGGGCCAAUGUUCAAAACAAGCUUGGCAGGACGACCAGUUGUGGUAUCAUCAGAUGCUGAUUUCAAUCAUUUUAUCCUUCAACAAGAAGGGAAGUUAGUAGAACUAUGGUAUCUAGAUUCUUUUGCUGAGCUUCUUGGCCAAAAUGGUUCUCUUAAAGAGGGUUUUCUUGGAUAUGUACAUAAGCAUAUCAAGAAAUUGAUUUCAGAACAUUUUGGUCCUGAAAGACUUAAAGCAAAGCUCCUUCCUCAAUUGGAGGAAAUGGUUAAUAAUUCCUUGCAGGCUUGGUCAAAGCAGGAAUCUGUCGAAGUAAAACAUGCAUGUUCCAGGAUGAUACUGGACUUCACUUCGAAGUUGCUAUUUAGUUAUGAUACUGGAAACAAUGAGGAAAGUCUAAGCGAAACGUUUUCAAGCUUCAUACAAGGGCUAUUUUCUUUUCCUUUGAACAUUCCUGGCACAUCUUUUCGCAAGUGUAUGCAGAAUCAGAAGAAAAUCUUGAAUAUGAUAAGGGUUACAUUGGUGGAAAGACGAGCUUUUCCUGAAACAAGCAGAGGAGAUUUUCUUGAUAGUCUUGCAGAAGACAUGAAAGCUGAUAGCCUCUUCACUGAUGAUCUUGUUACGCUUGUGAUUUUUGUUCUUCUACUUGCCACUUCUGAAACAAUUCCCUCCACUCUAACUUUGGCCAUUAAGCUAUUGAUCGAGCAUCCUCUGGUCAUGCAAGAAUUAGUGAAGGAAAACGAAGAGAUUAUUCGAAGCAGGGAAAAUAAGGAGACUGGUUUAACUUGGAAGGAAUAUAAAUCCAUGACAUUUACGAUGCAUGUUAUUAAUGAAGCUCUGCGGAUGAGUGGUUCAGUGGGGAUCUUAAGAAGAACAAUGGAAGAUGUUUACAUAAAUGGAUAUACUAUUCCAAAAGGCUGGACAGUUAUGAUCGUUCCUUCUUCUCUUCACUUGAACCCACACACGUACAAAGAUCCUCUUGCUUUCAAUCCAUGGCGAUGGAAGGAUCUGGGACCAAAUGUUCGUGCCAAGAAUUUUAUCCCAUUUGGUGGUGGAAUGAGGACGUGCGGCGGAGCAGAGUUCAGCAAAGUAUUAAUUGCAGUAUUUCUCCAUGUUUUUGUGACUAAAUACAGGUGCACUAAUGUGAAGGGAGGAGAAAUUGUUAGAACUCCAAUGUUAGGAUUUGGAAAUGGACAUUACAUUAAGGUCUCAAAGAAGCCAGAAAUUAUAUAAAAAUGAAGGCAGCGAAAUAUAUAAUUAGUUAGUGUCAU